GUUCAUAGCAUCCCUAUUCGCAGAAGGGCCUUCGGCAUCUGCAGCUUGCUUAUUCGCAGUCUUUGUUGCAUUUAAUUUUUUUGCCUCAUCCCUCGCCUUAAUCUAUCAAGGACAGAUCUGCCUGACGCAGAGCUAAUAAACGCGCCUUUCGUUUAUUAAAAUGGAACGGCGUUUAGUUGUAGACAGCACAACUUCGGAGAAGUAUAUGCGAGUAGCAGCCAUCUCCAUCGCAUUUUACGAUUAUGUUAUUACACUCCCCGCAGAAUGGCGCUUUUACCGAAGCCAAUCGUCAUUUUUUCAUAUAAGCCUUGCCUGCGCCUUAUUCAUUCUCAUACGCUAUUUUAGUAUCUUGGCUAUAGUACUUAGCAAUUACGGAUACUUCUCCACCGCGUUUACUCUCCGGACGUGUCGACAAUACUAUCUUGUGGCGCCUGUCUUCAAAGCCGUACAAACUAUGAUAUCGCAGGUCAUUCUAGGUGUCAGGACAUUCAAUAUCGCAAGAAGAGAUAGACGGAUAGGAAUCGCACUAUUACUAUUAUACCUCUUCUCGAUUGCGGCAGAGUGGUUUUCAGACCUAUUUCACCGCAUCCCUGUUAUGGUUGAUGGAAACUGCACCUCAGCAAAUGCUGGAAAAAUAUUGUCAACCUGGUUCUACUACCUUGCCGUGAUGAUUUAUGACAUCGUGAUGGUAACAGUAUCUACCAUGCAUCUUCUGCGUUAUAAUCCUCUCAGUAGCAGAGUAGAACGGCUGAUACGGGUCCUGAUCUAUGACGGCAUUGGAUAUUUCGUCGUGUUGUCCGCGGCGAACGUAUUGAACCUCAUCCUUUAUCAUACGACCAACAUCGAGACUCAGUCGGCAGGGGCAUCAAUUGGUUAUGCUGUAACGUGGAUCAUGAGUCAACGGAUCCUCAUCAAUAUACGAGAGCCAAGCACCCAACGCUUGGAAAAUGUGAUCGUCGCGCGCUCCACACUUUCUGCGCAGAAAAAAGCGAUGUCCGGUCUCCGCACACAAUUCGAGUCUAAGAGCCACUCCAAAAGCUCUAAAGGCCCCAUCGAUGCAGAAUUCGGGCCCACGUCUCCUCACAGUGGGCAUUCCAACGACAUGGAACUCGGUGUACGCGUACACGUCGAGCGCUCGGUGGUGGUAGACUACAUGGAUGAAUCUGAGCAUUCGAGUUCGUGGGGGCCACCGAGGGCUAAAUGAUUCUGAGGCACUGAUGCCUAACAAGCAUAACAAAGGAUGGAAUGACUAUGUGCUACGGGAGACUACCCAACAUGCGAUAUUCACGUAUAUAUACCUACCCGGUGCUACUAUCAAAAUCUCAGA